AGAGCAGCGCUGAUGUGUGGUCACGUGGCACACGAUUCCUGGAAAGUUCCUGGAAAGCGGCCUUUUUGUUCCCUGGUGGUAAAACAGUAUUUGCACGUUGCAGGCUGAGGAAUGUUUUUAUAACUCUUGCUACCUCAUAGCUCCGCUGGUGCUUCCGAGCAGGACGGCUGUCAGUAGUGUUUGUUUAUCCUCACCGCAUGGACUCUUGUACGUUUUGUCGCCUCGUUUAAAGCUCUGCUGUCACUGAGUUAUUGGGCCUGGUGACCUACUCUAACCCCAAAAUGCUCAGCUAAGCAGUAAACAGUAUCGAAGCAAGCGCAAUAGAUACCAUAUCAAAUCCAGUUAGUCUCCAGUCUCCCAGUUCAAAACCGACAGUGCGGAAGCCUGCCCAAACCCCCCCCCCCCCCAGCUGCACCCCCGUCCCCGCCCAUCGUCUUGGGUAGCCCCUCCCGGGAGGAGCGGGGGGGGGGUGCGCCUGCAUAGUCGCUUAUGUUCUGUUCUUUCACAGUUCUGUCACAAGAUACCAACAGCUACCUCCAGUUUGUCCCAUCAAAGGGGUUUUCCUACAUCACAAACACGGAGACAUUCGGUAGCCACUGUGGCGGAUCUUUCCGUCAUCGCCAGGUGGGAAAGCUGCCUCCCCAAGAAAACCAGAAGAGUACGGUUCUGUUUGAAAAGACUGACUAAGGCUAAGGAAACCCUUACUUUAAACCUGUGAUGGCUAUCCCAAAAAAUCGAAAGUGUGGGUGGAUUUAACUGGCACGAAGUGUCUCCUCUAAGAAUUUGACAGUAGAGAUAUUUUUUCCCAAAUGACCUGCCAGUCUGGAGAUUCCACGGAGUCCAUAGAGCGCAGACCUGGGGCUGAAGCCCGCGUUUUAGAUCCGGAUAAGAGCCGUGUUGCAGUAGCCAUGAAGGAGCUGAAGAGGACAGGGUGGUACUGGGGACCUUUGACAGCCAGCGAAGCCAAAGACAAAUUACAAGAUGCUUCUGACGGGACAUUUUUAGUAAGAGACAGCUCACACAGAGACUUUCUUCUCACAAUCUCUGUCAAAACACCAGUGGGACCAACAAACCUGCGAAUAGAAUACAGAGAAGGCAAAUUCAGGUUGGACUCUCUUGUAUUAGUGAAACCCAAACUUAAGCAGUUCAACAGCGUGGUCUGCCUUGUGGAAUAUUAUGUUGUGUUAUCCAGGAGUUCCCAAGGCUCAGAAGCAUUAGCACGGCCCAAUGGAACAGUACAACUUUAUCUGUCCAGUCCAUUGUAUACGGAAGUUCCAUCUCUGCAACAUCUCUCCAGAAUCGCCAUAAACAAAUCUGCAAGGAAUGUUGACGAAUUGCCAUUGCCAAAAAGACUUAAAGAUUUCUUAAAAGAAUAUUCACAUCAUAUAUAAUAUAAAUGUAACUAUAUAUAUAUAUAUAUAUAUAUAUAUAUAUAUAUAUAUAUAUAUAUAUAUAUAUAUAUAUAUUAACAUGCUGGUGCUAUAACUGCCUUAUGAUGUGGCAUUGGACUUCAAAGAAGUAAAGUAAGCAUUAUUAGGCAGAAAACAGAGAAAUAAAAGCAUCUCUGCCUCACACACUGAAAAUUAUCAAAGAUGUAUACAUUUUAUGUGAUAAUAAGCAUUUUAUGGACAUGACAUAAACAUUUGUACAGUGUUUAUAUUGACUGGUAGUGUGUUGGUGUCUUAUGUAGGGGGAGUGAGCUCAGCUUGCACUUUGUUUUAAAAGUUCUCUUCUUUGUUUUUACAAAUAAAAAACAUCCACAAGAAUCCAGCCACACAAUAUUAAGUGCAAAUAUGGAUUUUGCAAAAUGGUAUUAUUAAGAAGUGCCCAGUAAGACAUCUUAUUUGCCCUUUAGAACUGAUUUACAUGCACAGUGGCACAGGCUGCUAUAACUGUUGGUUCCCCAGUUCAGUUCUAACUGGACUGCUUUCUGUUCAGAAUUUGCAUGUUUCUUUGUGUGUCUGUUGAUUUAUGUUGGAUGCACUGGUUUCUACCAACAUCCCAAAAUGAUGCCAUUGGGUAAAUUGCCAGUCCUUUGAGUUGCCUGUGUCUGUGUGCAUAGAAUUCAUCACGGACUGCUGCCAUGUCCAUGAAUGAGUCUUAUGCUCAGCCUACUUAAUAUUAGGAUAGGACAUGGAUCUCCCACAGCUCUGACUAAGGUAAAGUGGGUGAAUUUGUCUAGUUUACCCAAAUAUUCACAGCUUUAAAGUAAUAAUCCUAUAUCAAAAUGGUGUGUUUCUGCAGCAGGAAUAUUUCAGUUUCACAAACACAUUUUCAUUUCUAAAAAAAGAAAGCAGGCAUAAGUCAAACUUAAAAUUCAAAAUUCUUAGACUUGUUUUGACGUUCCCUGACGCUUUUGAAAAUUAUGAUGUUACUGAACGCUGCAGUAUGUUGUGUUGCUUACGUUUUUUUGCCUGGUAUGCCUGAAAAUCUGAGUGCAUCUUCAAUGGCCAAACAUUUCAAAACAAAAUGCUCACUCCGAACACCAGUAUGGCAUAUGUUUUGGAAAUGAAAAAAGUCUUGUAAAAUCUGAGGUCACACUGCUGCUCAUAUUCAAGUUUAUUGGAGAAAAAGCUAAAAUAUUCAAACUUUUUUUUUCAGAGAAGAAUUGUAAGUAAUAUUUUUGAGAUAUGCAUCAUUUUUUCCCUUCUGCUUUCUAUAAGUUAUUCAGCUGAGUUAAACAAUUUAUUUUCUGUUGGGUGCUAUUGCUUCCCCUUGUAGACAAGCUGGAGUAUAAAGUGGUUAGAAUAAUUUAUCAAAGUUGUCACUUUAACCACUUGCACAUGGUUUGUAGGAGCAGGCCUGCUCUUGGAUAGAGAUCCAGACUGUACUGUUUGUUCCUUGGAAUUUUUUUCUUUUGCUUUAAUAUGUUAACAUUGUAUUAUAACAUUAUUUCCUGUAUAAUCUUUCAAAACUGAAGCAGCUAAAAGUCUUUGUUAUACUGUAUUGAAUAGGUUUUUGUCUACUGACAGCUGCCAUGUAUUUUACUGAUCACAUAAAAGCAGUAGUGGCAGCUAAUUUUCACGUGUGGUUUGAUUUUCAUGUGAAACAUGAGAUGGUCAUUGUUAUUUGUCUAAUCCCUAACCAGACUGGACAUAACUGUAACACUGUUACUCCUUAAAUCAAAUGGCAGCCGAUCCAGUAUUUCUUUUCUAGAUUGUGAUCAUUGUAUUAAUGUUUCAGUACCUGCUACCUGCCUGCAUGUGACAUUAAUAUAAGAACUGCCCUGUUUUUGUGGGGAUGCUUAUAACAGUUGUUGAGAAGCAGCUUCAGUGUUGCGCAUAACCCACAAGCCUUCUAUGAUUAAGAACCUGUGUAUAUGUGCUAGUAAAGGUUAGACUCAAUGGCGGUCGAGUGAUACCCAGUAUCUGCUCUUUUAUCAGUUCCUUACUUAUACUCGGGUUACACACAGUUUUCUUUUGUAUCUGAUCCCAUCUCACCCCAUCCUAGCUAAUGGUAAUAGUGUUCACUUUUUUAUUGAUUGUGGAGAGCUUGCUGUUUUUUAAAGUCCAUAUGGUACCCAUGUACGUAGGAAAAGGUAAGUGUAGGCCACAGCCCCAUAUAUAUUCAGUUCAACAAAGAAAACACUAUUUGGAUACGAGUAGUCAUUAGAUUCUUGGUGUUAUAUUUUGCAACAACAUUGCUGAAAUGAAUAAUUCCAUUUUAUCAAACUUUCCUAAGAAACUGUAUUUUAAGGUAGUAUAUUCUAUAAUACUGGAAACCAUUUAAUGAAACCAAAUGUUUUGAUAGUUAAAUGGCAUCUGUUUUGUAAUGAACCUCCAAUCCAUUGCUUAAAUCAUAAGUUAGUGUUCAUUAUACCAAAUUUAUUUUUGCUAAAAACCUGGAAUGUCAUAGUCAAAUGAUUAUGUUCUUGACAUAAAUGUAUAGCUAGUGAUUACACAUUAUAUCCAUAAGCUUGUAUUUAAACAACCACAAUUUAAAACAAACUUAAGGCAGAUGGUUAUUGCACAGCUGUCAAAAAUGUAAGGGUAUAUUGUAUAACACUGUAUAUAGCACAAAGGUAGAAGUCUCUAAAUGAAAAAAAUACAUCUGGUAGCUGAAGGACAAGAGGACAAGUGUUAUAUUAACUUGAAUUUAUUAAGGAAUUUAUAAAGAUAUUACUGUAUUUUUCUAACUUGCAGACUGUACUGUUAACUGCAGUAUUAAAAAUAAAAAGGCCAUGAAAGUGGAAUAUCAGAUUUU